GCGAGAGACGCGCCGCGUAACCGUUUCGCGCGCUUUCGUGUUUUGUUCGAUUGUUGUUUUACGAUAUUGACAUAAUAUUUUGGAAUUGUUGUGCCUGUGUGUAGAACUUUAUUGUUGUGUUUGGAUUGCGAUUUCAAUUCAGAUAAUGCCAAUCGAUACAUGAGAAAGAACCUACAAAUGUAUAAAACGACGCACCAUGAGACUCACAUAUGAGCCAAUAUGGCAACGGAUUUACUGAGACUGCGCUCACCCGGGGAUGAUUCCGAAUUCAAAAAUAGAACGGUAACGCGCAGGAAACGAUGGCCGGAUGCGUGCAUUUGGAUCCUGCUGGCGGACAUCUUGUUUGUCGGUUGUCAUGGUUACCAGGAACAGAGGUUCGCGAUGGAGCCGCAAGAUCAGAGUGCGAUACUCGGCUCGCGGGUGACUCUCCCCUGCCGGGUGGAGAACAAGAUAGGCAGCUUACAGUGGACCAAAGACGACUUCGGUCUGGGAACCCAUCGCAACCUCAGCGGUUACGAGCGGUACUCCAUGAUCGGGAGCGACGAGGAAGGCGAUUAUUCACUAGACAUAAGAGAUGUGACUUUAGAAGACGACGGCAGUUACCAGUGUCAAGUUAGCUCCGGCCUUAAUGGAGAACCGGCUAUAAGAUCAAGGUAUGCCCAGCUGACGGUGCUGGUGGCACCCGAUCCCCCACGAAUCCUGCAGGGGGCUUUUAUAGAUGCAAUAGAAAAGCAGCCCGUGGAUAUCGAGUGCGUUUCGGAAGGGGGAAAACCUGCUGCUGAGAUAACCUGGGUGGACGGGAAUCAAGUAGUCAUAACGAAAAAUGUAGAAAGCAGAGUGGAACUGUUACCAGAUGAACAAAGAUACAGAACUAGAUCAGUUUUGCGGUUAAUACCUAACAAGGAUCACCACAAUCAGACGAUAACGUGUCAAGCGCAGAACACUGCUGACCGAGCUUAUAGGAUGGCAACAGUGCAUAUUGAGGUUAAAUACGCACCUAAGAUCAAGGUAUCCAUAAAGACAGCGACGGUGAACGAUAAGAUACCAGAAGGAAGCGAGGCCCGGAUUCGAUGCCUGGUCGAUGCAAACCCCCUCGCCCAGAUCUACAGAUGGUACUUAAACGGCAAUCCUGUGGUCGGGGACUAUACUGAUGAAAUGAUAAUUUUCAACGUGUCCCGGAAACACAAUAAAGCUGUAGUGAAGUGUGAGGUCAGCAAUAGUGCAGGGAUGAACGAGGCGUCUCUCACAUUGAACGUUACAUAUCCACCAUCAUUCCGGACCCGUCCUCACAAUAUCGAAGCAGAGGAGGACUCCAGCGUAACCUUGAGCUGUGACGUUGACGGUGAACCUCGGCCAGAGAUACGAUGGUUGUACCACGAACCAGGCCGAAUCGGGCAGGUCAAGGGGAAGGCGCCUAAUCUGAAAGUCUACGUGGACCAGCGCACUGCUGGUCGCUACAUCUGCAAAGCCACCGUGGAGGGAUAUCCGGAGAUCGAGAGUGAGGCUACCAUCUUUAUCAAAGGUGCGCCAAAGAUCCUGUCGAACAGGACUCAGAUGGGCGCAGAAGGAGAUCGCGUCACUGUUGAAUGCGAAGCUCUGUCCGUACCAAGACCUGAUGAUAUCCGAUGGUUCUUCGAAGGGCGGGAAAUCAGCGCUAUACACGAUCCGGACUACGCUACGGUCGAAGAAAGUUUACCGGAUGGAAUCGUGAAGUCGAGUUUGGUGAUACGCGCUAGUCAAUCGAAACAUUUCGGCUUGUACAACUGCAGUGUCACCAAUGAGUACGGGAAUGCGAAUGCAGCUAUAAUUCUUAAACCUUUGAAAUCGCUGCCUCUUUUCAUAAUACUGAUCGGGGUAACUUCAGGUAUAAUCGUCUUCUCGGGUUUUGUGAUUCUUCUUGUGAUGUGCCAUAGAAGAAGGAGAAAGAAGACUCAGCAAAUGAACGAGAAGCCAGAUGUGACGGUUACGACUGGGGAUAUGUAUAAAGAAAGCGAUAGGAGUUCGAAUAUAAGCGACUUGAAGUUGCAGCUACCUCACAGCGACGGCAGUUAUGAUUUGGAAUACACGAGCUCUGAUCGCUCCGACUCCAAGAACCCCGCGGGUCUUCCCUUAGCUGGUCCCGUGCCGCUUCCCAGCAUACGUCACGAUGACCCCAUGCUGCAGUUCCGAUACAGCAAUGACUAUUCCGAUCCUACUUAUGCGGAUACUUACUUCAAGAACCCAGCCGCGUAUGUGUACGACUACCCCCAGGGAUAUGCACCGCCUCCACAUCUUAAAGUGCAAUCGCCUUCGCAACUCGAAGUACCUCCUACGAGCAGAUCACUCCAGGGUUCACUGACUCGCAGCAUCGACACCGCGUCAACACUCCCGUUGUCAGCAGGCAAUGGAUCGCAAAACAAUUCUCUGCAACGAACGAACAAACCUGACGAAACUGACGCUAUUAAUAAUUUGGGCUUACCUGUCAGUGGGGAAGCCCCGCAAGCACAAGGACAAGUCCCAGUAUAUGCCCAGACGGGCCCUAAAAACAACAGUGGCGUCGACUUACGAUAUGCCGCUACAUAUGGAAAUCCAUAUCUUAGGAAUAGUUCCAUAGGCUACAACAACCAAGUGCACACGGCGAAACCUGCGUCCACUCCCGCGCCGCCACCUUAUUCCGCGGUGCGCAACUCCGUUGCACUACCAGUUGGGAAUUUACCAUACAGGAUAUCAACGUUGGUAAUUGUUAGGAGGAACAGUAAUGGAACGCAGACUACGCAGGCGACGCACGUAUAGCAAAAGUGUAAAAAUAUUAUAAGGCUUGUGUAAAAAGUGGACUUUACUAGUUACAGUUGUAAUUGUAAUAUAUUAUGUUCCUAUAUGCGACUGAAGUGUAAAUACGAAUGUUAGGCUACAUGUACACACGUAUAAAAUAUAAGGGCCGUCCUACACGGACACAGAUAUUUUAUCAAAAGUAUAAAAUAAAGUUUUUUUUUUUGCCGGCUUUUGUUGGAUUCGUAAGUAUUUGAUACAAUAAAUGAAUAAACUGCAUGAAUGUGUAUAAACACCGUUAAUAGCAAAACGUUUAAUAAUAUUAACUAAAGUAAAAAUUGUUUUAUUAAAUAUAUUUUAAUUUCUAUUAGUUUUUUUUUUGUAGGUGUACCUAUAGGAUUGCUCAAAAGUAGUAGGGGCUUCAAGUCUAAAAUAGUUUUUUUUUGUUGAUUUACAUUAUAAUAACUUGUGUUAUAGUCAAUUUAGCCCCUAUAUAUAACAUUUUGUACAGUAAUUCCAUACAUUGUAGAUUUAAAAUAAAGUUAUUGUACAGAAAUUUUGGUGGACAUAAAAUUUAACUAAAUUUAUUAGACUUAAACUUUUCUAGCUUUUUACAAUGUUAUCUACAAAUAGAUUACCUAGCUUGAUUACUCAAUCUUCUUAAAUCUUAAAUUUGUAUUCUGAACACAAGAAGUCUUGUUGAUUUAGUUAACGUUUUGUGUUCAAUAAAAUUAGUAUCUACCAUAAUAUCUCAGACUGAAUCUAAAAUAAUAUUGAUAAUUUCUACGAAUUUUAGUUAAAAAAAAACUUCGAAAAAAUCGAAACUUAGAACGAAAAUUAAACGUAAUAAUUAGAUAGCGUAAAUAAUUUAGUGGAAUCACUUAAAUAGUAAACGAAAAAAUAUUCUGUGAUAAUUUAAAUAUAUCAAAGAAUCUUAAGUAAAAUACCUUUUGACUAAACUGAGCUGUCCUUCUAGUACGCGAUUAAAUAUUUUGAAAACUUUUCAGAACUGUUUUCGUAUGUUAAAGUCAUACGUCAAAUCUACGUAGUGCUCUUCGUUUUAAAACCGUAUAUUCUGUACGCAACAUCUGUUUUCGAUUACAAAACUAUUGCAUUUUGUGCUGGGAGUACAGUUCCAAUGAUUCGCAGCCGAAUCAUUUUAGCUUUUUAUCUGCUGAGUACGUAAAAAUUCAAUUCAGAUAUUUUGGGCCUUGUUGCUAUGACAAUCAAAUCGUAACAGAGUUCUUCAACCAACAUAUGUGACGUAAAAGCAAAAAGCGCAGUUAUGACGUCAAAGUUGAAUCGAUUUUGUGUCACUAGAAAGAAUUAUAGUAGGUUUAAAAUAAUUAUUUUUUAUUGUCUAUAUAAUUAAUAACAUUAUGUGUGUUACGAUAAAUUUAUCAUUUCUUUUAUUCAAACCGUAGGUAUUUUUAUUUCCUGUACAGAUAUAUUUUUAAAGCGACUUAUUAUUGUAUAAAAAA